AUGCAGCUCAUCCAUGGAUCCGGAGACAGAAGGCUUCUAGAAGACAUCGAGAACAACCGACUCCAUUGGAGGUUUUGCUUGCGCGCACGCACUGCUAGCUUGGCUCCACUCGAGGCCCAGCAGCACACCCAGUCCAAGGCAGAUUCGGUGCCGGUGAACACUGAAGUCGAGAUGGGAGAUGGAGAAACGAACAAUGGACUGGCAAGGAAGAGUCCACCCCGAGAAGUAUGGAGUCCUGGAGUCCUGGAGUCCCCACUGGGGAACAGCGGCCUCCAGAUUACUCUGGCUUUGAGCAAUUGUGAUAAUCAUCAAAUCGCCCAUUUGAGGCUAAAUGUUGGGGGUUCUCAGUCUUCACCGUACCUUUGGUUGCCCCCCCCCCCGGCUCGCGAGUCUCUUGUCUUGACCUUCUCUUUCUGUGCGGGUGCAACGGGUGGCAACGGAUGA